UCGUUUGAUCGAUUCUGUCAAUGUCAUAACAACAGCAUUCUUGUUUGGGUAGCGACCGAGAACGCGUUUUUUGUUUUAUCACAUUCUACUUAUAAUAUCAGUGAAUAAACCACAAGUUUAGACCUUAAAAAUGGCUUCGAUAGCACACUCCCAAGUUCAAGAGGUGCGUUCCAUUACACGCAUCGAACGCAUUGGAGCUCACUCUCAUAUACGAGGAUUGGGUCUAGAUGACUCCUUGGAGCCAAGAGCCGUGUCUCAAGGCAUGGUUGGCCAGAAGAUGGCGAGGAAGGCCGCUGGAGUCGUCCUACAGAUGAUUCGAGAAGGUAAAAUUGCAGGCAGAGCGGUAUUGCUGGCUGGCCAGCCCGGUACCGGCAAGACUGCUAUUGCCAUGGGUCUUGCACAAGCCUUGGGGCCUGAUACUCCAUUCACAAGCAUGGCGGGUUCGGAAAUAUUCUCUUUGGAGAUGAGCAAGACUGAAGCUUUGACUCAAGCCAUCAGGAAGUCCAUUGGUGUCAGAAUAAAAGAAGAAUCCGAAAUAAUCGAAGGCGAAGUAGUAGAGAUGGCAGUCGAGAGAGCGGCGGGAGGCGGCGGCGCUCGGGUCGGCCGACUGACGCUGAAGACCACCGAUAUGGAGACCAACUACGAUAUGGGGGCUAAGAUGUGCGACUCGCUGCUUAAAGAGAAGGUUCAAGCAGGCGAUGUGGUCACCAUAGACAAGGCGACCGGCAAGAUCAACAGGCUGGGCAGGAGUUUCGCUCGAGCCAGAGACUAUGAUGCUACUGGCCAACAAGCCCGUUUCGUGCAAUGUCCAGAAGGCGAGCUACAGAAACGCAAGGAAGUGGUACACACGGUGACUCUACAUGAGAUAGAUGUCAUCAACUCCAGGACUCAUGGGUUCCUCGCACUUUUCUCUGGUGAUACGGGAGAGAUAAAAUCUGAGAUCCGCGAGCAGAUCAACAGCCGUGUGGCGGAAUGGCGUGAGGAGGGCAAAUCCGAGAUGAUACCCGGAGUACUAUUCAUAGACGAGGCUCACAUGUUGGACAUAGAGUGCUUCUCGUACCUAAACCGCGCGUUAGAGUCGGACACCGCGCCCGUCGUCAUCAUGGCGACUAACCGCGGUAUUACGCGCAUCCGCGGCACUAAUUACCGUUCCCCGCACGGAAUACCGCUGGAUUUGCUCGAUAGAAUGAUCAUCGUGCCUACUUCGCCGUAUUCCCAUCAAGAGUUAAGGGAGAUUCUGAAUAUCAGAUGCGAAGAGGAGGACUGUCAGAUGUCGAGUGACGCGCUAACGGUACUGACUCGAGUAGCGACUGAAACUUCGCUCCGAUACGCCAUACAACUUAUUACUACUGCCUCGCUUGUCGCUAAACGCAGGAAGGCUACUGAGGUGAGCAUGGAAGACGUGAAGAAAGUCUACUCUCUGUUCUUGGACGAGCAUCGCUCGGAGCAGUUCCUUAAGGAGUAUCAGGACGAAUUCAUGUUUAAUGACGGCUCUGGAGACGCCCCACAAUUAAUGGAAGUCUCCCAGUAAAGCAGCACUCAACUAUUCCAAAUGUAUUUGCUUUAAAAGUGAUUAUUAAUAGUAAUUGACUCGAUAAGUCAGUUUGGUUCUACUAGAAGACGUACUUUAAGUUACUUUCUAAGGUUUAUUGUGUAAGUUUUUUA